AUGUUUCAAUUGCCCGUUUCUGGGCCCAACGCAUUCCUUCGAGACGAAGAAAUCAUUGCAGCGGGUUCCAAGGACGCCAACGUCUUCCCGUAUAGCUUUGACGGAAACGGAACCACCAUGACUGAUGCCACCAAGGCUGAGUCUGCUGAGAAAUGCGGCUGGCGAGGUGAUAGUCCAGAGCCGCAGCUCGACGAUAUCACUCACGAUGAGCAGCUUCAUCUUUGCAUACCCGAUGAUACUUGUAGUUGGCAUGGGGAUCCUGUUGAGCCGGAAUUGGAUGAUCUUGCUCACCAUUCCAAGGACGAGCGGUAUCCUAAGCUAUCUCCAAAAUCUCAAGCACCUUCGCAUACCGGCCAACAGUCGUUAGCAGUUAAGCCAGAGCCACUUGCCACUCCCCCGAAAGCUCCUGAUGAAGAAAAGAAGGCCGAUGCUCCACCUGAUAAUAAACCACCCCCUAACAAGGAUAAAGAGGAGAAAGUGCCAGACGAUUCGAAUGACGAAACACUACAGGAGAAAGUUGCUCAUGGAGUUCAGCAGGCAUUCAACAUGUUUCGAGGCAUGGUCGAAUCAUCUGAGAAGCCAAGGGAACCAGACCAUAGCAAAGGGGGAAAUCCCCCUGCAAAAGAGGAAGGUAUUGCUCCGGAACCUCGUCCAGUCCCUCCGAUUCCCUCUAAACCUCAGCCGGCUAAAGUGAAGAAAUCCAAAGAGGAAAAGGAAAUGGCGAAGCAGGAGAAGGUAGAGGCAAGAAAGGCUGACAAGGAGAGAAAAGUCAAGGAAAAGGAAGAAAAGAAAAGGCUCAAGAAGGAGAUGGAGGCAGCGAAAAAGGAACAGCGUCGUAAGAGCAAAGACAAGAAGAAAAAUAAGGGGAAAGAAACCGCCUCUUCUCCCCCGGAUCUACCCGCUGGUGCCGAAGGGACGGCUUCCGCCGAGGCAGAUCCACAACUUGGUUGUCAUAUAUGUCAACAUCCGGAAGAGGAGGGGACGAUUGAUUUCCUAAGGGACUCGCUGGAGAAUUGGCAAGGCUUGCCCUCUCUCGAUGAACUAACUGAUGCGGCAAAAAGAUUGCUCAGCAUGACAGAUGGAAAUGGGUUUCCUAGUGAACGAGAAGCUAGCCAGAGCACCGCUUAUUGGGAUGAACAGGAACUGAUCGAUCAUAUCGCAGCACACAUCGACAGACACAUACACCAGCACUUCGACCUAAACUCUCCCGAAGGGGGAAACCCAGAAGUCGGUAAGGCUCCGCCUCUCAAGCCUAAUCCCUCUAGCCAAAAUGAGGAGCCGGCUCCACCUGAGAAGCAGCUGGAGAAUGAUAGCCCUGCAAAUCAUGGUUUGGAUGGAAAUAGAGACUGGCCUUUGUCUAUCAUGCAAAACCAUAUUCUUCGCAGUUUAGAGCCGAUUUCCACCCCUGACAUCGUUGCUACACGACCUUCUCAGGCUUAUUCGCCUCAUAGAGGCCCAGUGAGCCGCUGCGUGUCUCCGUGGUGCGAGCAGCUCGGGUUCACGGUAGGGGAUUCGCCCCCUUCUUUUGCAAAACGCAACGGAUCGUGGUUAAGGAGAGGGUAA